GCUGCGUAGAAGCACUUCACCAUCUUCAGCAUGGUGUAGAAGUCACGUGCUCCAUCCAGCCGAUCCUGCUCAAAUGUGGAUCAACAAUGAACAUAUGAAAUCUCAUAUCAAGACUUUCUCUCAUCUGAUAUUUGACAACAAAAACAAUGACCAAUCUUAAAACUGUAUUGAUAGGUGGUGGAACUGGUUUCAUAGGAACGGCAUUAACUAAUUCGUUGAAGCACAAGGGAUAUGUUGUCAAGAUAAUUUCUAGAAAGCCUGGCCCCAUUAAUAUGACCUGGACAGAGUUGGAGAAAACGGGCAUUCCUUCAAACACAGCAGCAGUUGUCAGCAUGGCUGGACAAAACAUAUUCGACAUGACGAGGAGGUGGACUCCUGGGUUUAAACAAAAUGUUUGGUCUAGUCGGGUUAACACGACCCAGGGAUUAGCUAAUGCCAUUAAAAAGGCUGCUGAGAAGCCGACUGUUUUUAUAUCUCUGUCAGGAGUAGGUUACUAUAAACCAUGUGAUAAAACGGAAUAUUCAGAAGACAGUCCUGGAGGAAAUUUUGAUUUUUUAUCAGAAUUAGCAGCAAAUUGGGAAAAUGCAUCGAAACUUGACACACCAGAUUGUCAAAAUGUUCGAAGAGUUGUUAUACGAUCAGGUGUGGUGGUUGGAAGAAAUGGAGGAGUUGUGCAGCAAAUGUAUUGGCCUUUUUACUUUGGGGUAGGAGGACCCGUUGCAUCUGGACAACAAUAUUUCCCCUGGAUUCAUAUAUCCGAUAUUGUUGGUUUAAUAGUAUUUGCGAUUGAAAACAAAAAUGUGGAUGGGAUAAUGAACGGGGUUGCUCCUCAAGUUAUCUCCAACAAGGAUUUCGCAUCAGCCCUGGGUCGAGCUAUGUGGCGUCCUGCAAUUUUGCCAUUGCCGGCGUUUGUUUUAAAUGCUGCAUUUAGUGAAGAAAGAGCCAAAAUAAUGACAGAAGGUCAAAAAGUAAUACCGAAGAGAACGGAAGAGCUAGGUUAUAAAUUUAAAUAUCGCGAUAUUGACUCUGCAUGUCGAGAGUGUAUCAGAGUUACCUGAUUAACAAUCAAUGGUUAUUAGACAUUAUUUAUGAAUACAUGUAUAUUAUGAACGAGUAUAACGCAUAAUUUCUUAUAGAUAUUUGAUGAUUUUAAUUGUAGACAAAAUAAUAAACAUGCAAUUUUUAAAAUA